GUGGGUCGGGGCAGUGCCAAGAUGUCGACGGCGGCGCUCCCCGAGCUGAAACAAAUCAGCCGGGUGGAUGCGAUGCGCUUGGGGCCCGGCUGGAGCCACUCGUGCCACGCCAUGUUGUAUGCCGCCAACCCCGGGCAGUUGUUCGGCCGCAUUCCUAUGCGCUUCUCGGUGCUGAUGCAGAUGCGCUUCGACGGGCUGCUGGGCUUCCCAGGCGGCUUCGUGGACCGGCGCUUCUGGUCACUGGAGGACGGGCUGAACCGUGUGCUGGGCCUAGGCCUGGGCUGCCUGCGCCUCACGGAGGCGGACUACCUGAGCUCGCACCUGACUGAGGGCCCGCAGCGCGUCGUAGCGCACCUGUACGCGCGGCAGCUGACGCUGGAGCAGCUGCACGCCGUGGAGGUCAGCGCGGUGCACUCGCGCGACCACGGCCUGGAGGUGCUAGGACUGGUGCGCGUUCCCCUGUACACCCAGAAGGACCGCAUGGGAGGCUUCCCCAACUUCCUUAGCAAUGCCUUCAUCAGCACUGCGAAGUGUCAGCUGCUCUUUGCCCUGAAGGUGCUCAACAUGAUGCCAGAGGAGAAGCUGGCUGAGGCCCUGGCUGCUGCUACAGAACGGCAGAAGAAAGCCCUGGAGAAGCUGCUACCUGCAUCCUCCUGAGAGGCCCUGCCCCGCUGUGUGUGACACUCGCCUGACUGUGCUCUGCAGGCUGAGAUGUGACCCCAUGCAAGUGUGUCUCCUGGGG